AUGAGUAGCCCGGCAACAAGACCGGGACGUCCAAGGCGGCUCCUUGCAGCCUGCCAUAGAUGUCACUCGCAGAAGAUCAAAUGUUCCGGGGAGCAGCCAUGCCAGGGAUGCGUGUCUACCGGCAGGGCUGAAGCAUGCCAGUUCCCUGCGAAAGAGCGGCAAAUCCGAGUAUCAGAAAGCUAUAUCAACAAACUUGAAGAAGAGAACCGUCGGUUAAGGGCCCUCGUCAACCGGAGCCCAGCGUUAGGGAGCGAGCGUAACGUUAACCUUCAUUUGAAUGACAGCGAAGACCAAGACGAUUCGCCGCCGCUGUCUAAAGAGGAGAGUAAUUUGUUCAAUCCUCUCUUUGACAGACAGUCAGAGCAUCCCGUCCAUGAACGGUCUUUAGAACCAGGCUUCAUUGGGGAGGCAUCAUGCGCAGCUUUCAGCAACCGGCUCCUGCAGUGUCUGGACGACACCUACAUCCCAUCAACGACGGGUUUAUCUAACUAUCAUCGCCUUAACACGCGUGGUAGGCUAUCGAUGCCCCAGGGUGUUGAUCUCCCUGAGCGGAUGCACGUUAAGCUAUUGCUGAAUGUGGCGCGCCGGUUCAUUGGAAAUUACCAUCCACUUUUCCUUGAGGUUACGUUCAUGAGGGAAAUUGAUGCAGUCUACCGGAGAGAACUUAUACCGUCAAUGUUAUGGCUUUGCAAGUUUUAUGCCCUUGUGGCCUUAGGAGAGAUAUAUACGCAUAAGAGAGGAGUCGGUGAUAGUAACAGCGUUCCAGGCACAGACUACUAUAUAAGGGCAGUCCACCUGUUGCACGAAAAUCUGGAUUACUAUGAAGAGCCUUCAUUAAUGCAAGUGGAGGUUCUGACACUUUUGGCGUGGUCAUCCAACAUUCUUGGUCGUAUUAGAACCGCAUAUUGUUACAGUGGAAUAGCCACGAGACUUGCCCUAAGCUUGGGAAUGCAUAGAUCGGCCGCGAGACACACCACGUUAACACCAGUUGAGCGAGAGAGCCGCCGGCGGACAUGGUGGGUUCUCUACUUCUUCGAUCGGUUUUCCGCUUCGAAACUCGGCCAGCCCAUCGCUGUGAGAGAUGAGGACAUUGACGUCGAGAUGCCAAGCAUGGAUGGAUUGACAAAGGACGAGAUGGCCGAGUUUCUUGACCCGCGGAACCUCGUGAUUAACAUCAAGUUAGCGCGAAUCAUUGGAAAUAUCCUAACCCAAAUUUAUGGCAUACCGAAGGCCACAAAGGGGCUUUAUAUAAAUCAAGUGCAUAGUAUAUUAAAACAACUUCGUGCGUGGCACGAUGAGUUGCCAUCUGAAAUGCGCGUCAAAGAGCGAGGCACUGCUCGCCCGGUAGCAAGUCUCCAUCUUGCGUAUAACCAAUGCAUCAUCCAGACCACCCGCCCCGUCCUUCUUCACCUCUUCAAAAUGCAAUUCCAACUAGGUUCUAGAACUAGAGAGGACGUGGCACCGCGACAGAGUGCCUCAUCUAUCACUCUUGCACUGGCCGAGAGUUGUGUCAACGCAGCACAGGCAUCAAGCCAUAUUGUCGAGAGCCUAUUUCUAGAUGGUUCGAUCGCUACAUUUGGAUACUGGGAUGCCCAUCACAUAUUUUCAGCGGCAAUGAUCCUUAUCAUGUCAGCCAUGAUGAAGCCAACUGCCGUCAACUCCGAUCAUCUUGAGACAUUACUCAGCGCGCUCCGGUCGUUGAAGAACGACGGAAACAUCCCUGCAGUCGAUUUCUGCGAGAGAUUGUCGCACAUCCAGGCGCGAGUAUCCACCUUACGAGCAAUGGGCCGUUUUGACGCGGUAGGGAUUGACAUCCCCCCUGCGAGAGCACAUCCAGUGGCUAGUGGAAUGGGAGGACCUUCAGAUGUCACGACAGCCCAGGAACAGUUAUUCCAUACCCCAACGAGUAUAGAGAAUGGAGUAGAGGGGGCAGGAGCGCUCAAUUAUGACAAUAUUGACGUCCUUGCAAACCCCUUGAUCGGCAGCUUCUUAGACGGAACCCAGGUGCAGUGGAUGGACACUGUCUUCUCCGAGGACGGGACGCUGAAAGAUUUUGCUUCCGAGAUUGAAGAACAGUUUCUAUUUGGAUUUUAA